GCCGGGCCUCUUUUCCACAGUAUUAGGUCGAGGGGAUAUUUGUCGUGUUAAUUAAGUGAGCUAACUCUAAAUUCAGAAUGCCGGAAACCGCAAAAGUAAAUGGAUAUGCAAAAACAAAUGGCCACAGUUAUGACAUGGAAGAUGGAUCAGUGUUCUUGUUCACAUCGGAAUCCGUCGGCGAGGGUCACCCAGAUAAAAUGUGUGAUCAAAUAAGUGACGCUAUUCUCGAUGCGCAUCUAAGUCAGGAUCCGGACGCUAAAGUAGCCUGCGAGACCGUCACAAAAACUGGAAUGAUCCUGUUGUGCGGCGAAAUAACAUCAAAAGCUAACGUCGAUUACCAAAAAGUUGUCAGAGAGACCGUAAAACACAUAGGCUACGACGACUCUUCGAAAGGCUUUGAUUACAAGACAUGCAGUGUGAUGUUGGCUCUGGACCAACAGUCACCAGACAUAGCUGCAGGGGUGCAUGAGAACAGGAAUGAAGAAGAAGUCGGCGCCGGGGAUCAGGGCUUGAUGUUUGGCUAUGCCACAGAUGAAACUGAAGAAUGCAUGCCACUAACAGUGGUGCUAGCUCACAGACUCAAUCAGAAGAUCGCAGAACUCCGAAGGAAUGGCGAGUUUUGGUGGGCUCGCCCAGACUCUAAAACACAGAUAUGCUUGGAGACUCUGCGUGAUGAAAUCAAAAUGAAAGUAAUUGAAGAAGUAAUUCCUCCACAAUACUUGGACGCUAGAACGGUCAUACACAUCAAUCCUUGUGGAAACUUCAUCAUUGGUGGACCUCAGUCGGACGCGGGGCUGACGGGGCGCAAGAUCAUCGUGGACACGUACGGCGGCUGGGGCGCGCACGGUGGCGGCGCCUUCUCCGGCAAGGACUUCACCAAGGUGGACCGCUCGGCCGCCUACGCCGCGCGCUGGGUCGCCAAGUCGCUGGUGCGCGCCGGCCUGUGCCGCCGCUGCAUGGUGCAGGUGGCGUACGCAAUAGGAGUCGCCGAACCGCUCUCCAUCACCGUAUUCGACUACGGAACGUCGCACAAAACACAGCAGGAACUACUUUCCAUCGUAAAAAAGAACUUUGAUCUACGACCGGGGAAAAUCGUCAAAGAUCUGAACCUCAGAGCGCCAAUAUACCAGAAGACCAGUACAUAUGGGCACUUCGGGCGAGAGGGCUUCCCGUGGGAGAACCCCAAGCCCCUUGUGGAUUGACUUGGGACUUGAGCGAGUAGCACCAUUGUAAAUAUUUCAUCUUUAUACGUGUUUCUGUAGCGAGAGUGCUAGCACGUCGCUGACUCUCUAUAGAAGUAUAGAUUACUUGUUAUUAUAGGCCGAGAGUGGGUGAACGAUAAUAGCUGUGUUGUCUUAUCUUAAAUAUUUUUAACUAACACCUCAAUCGCACACCAUUCAAUCUAUAAAUGAACGCAAGAUGUAUCUUUCAGUGAAAUGAAAGUUAAGUUUAAUGUUACAUCUUUUGCUUCAUAGACAUAAUAAGUUUAAAUAAAUGUGGUGAGGUGUCAGAUAGAUCAUUUACAUAGACAUUUCGAUAAUCUAUCUAUAUGCAAUUUGUUAUUUAGUGACAUUGUUAUUUUGGCUAAUGUGGUAUGAUUUUUUUUUACUUGGUCAAUGGUGUUAUACUUGGAUAGAUUUUGAUUGAUAGAUUAUUGAAAAAAAUAGUAAUUUUUAUUAUAAUUUUACAUCUAAAUGGUACAGAUAUAGUGAUAUGUUUUUAUGCAUAAUAUUUAUUUAAACAAUUUAUAAAUAAACAGGCAUAACCUUUGUAAUGAAGUCACUUAUUUGUGCUGCAAUGCAUGAGUGCUGUGAAAAAAAAAAAAUUAUAUCUUUAUAAUAAAUUUGCUGUUGCAUUUACAUGCUACAUUUAAGUAGAAAAUGUAGUUAUAUAAUUAUGGUAACUUGUAUUAGGCUAUGACAGGUUUAAAUAAAUGUCAAUUUAAUGAUAGAGAAUCGGUCACCUGCUCUUGGUCUUGGCUAAUCUCGCCAACGGUACGAUGUUGAUAAUCAUUUGACAUUGAUUUGCGUGGUUUACAUUAAUUGUUAAGUAUUCGUUAUAUUAGUUUCAUAGGCGUAACGGGUGCCGUCAUUUAUGAAUUUGAGUUAGUUCGGGGGAAGGCGGCAGUCCUAUAUACAGACGAGCAGUUAGCGACCGAUUUACUUGUACGAGUUAGCACAUUAGUUAAUGUAUUUUAGUUAAAUUAAUUGAUAUCUAAUGAAUUUAUGAUGAAUUGACAAUGUUUAAAUGGAUUUAUUUUGUAUUAUUUAAAAUGAUUUUACUUACUAGCAAAUUGUAGGUUUGAUAUAUAAUCUUAUCAUUGUUAUAAUUGAUUAAAACGUAAAAAAUCGGUUGCUAACUCAAAACUGAAGCUUGAAGCCUGCCAUUUACAUAUCCAAUUUUUUUUUUGUUAAUAUUGAAUUAUGUUUUGGUGUACAUUCGUUCCUUUUUAUGUCAUUUUUUUUUAUAUUGACAAUAUGAUGUGGUGAUUACGGACUGCCAAUAAUCUCGAAUUUUUCAUUAUGAGUGAGCUUUGUGAUAUGUUAGUGCUAUGAGUUCCGUAGACGGUAGAGUAGACUACUGCCGCGGACGUGUCACAGUGGAGCGAGUGCGAGCAAGACGAAGAAGUACCAUGUAAAGGCGGCCUUAUCGCUAUGAGCAAUCUCCAGCAGGCAACCCCUGACGAGACCCGCGUCUCGCCCACUCUCGCUCACUGCAAGCCAGCAGCGCGCGCGUAGGCGACUGUUAGGGCCUCUACACACGGCGUAUUUUGUACGCGCGGAAGACUUUGAAACUUUGUUUUUUAUUCUUUACAAGUUAGCUCUUGAAUACAAUCACACCUGAUGGUAAGUGAUGAUGCAAUUUAAGAUGGAAGCGGGCUAACUUGUUCGGAGGAGGAUGAAAAUCCGCACCCCUUUCGGUUUCUACACGCCAUCAUACCGGAACGCUAAAUCGCAUGGCGAAGCUUCCCACCAGACAGACCUGGGCCAAUUAAGAAAAAAAGGAUCUGUCUCUAUAGUAUCAAUGUUUCUGCCUAUUUUUAAUGUACAGUUCAGACCUCAGUCCUUAACAAAGGCUAUUCCGAUUUAAAUCCAACCAUGGUUUGAAUUCCUAGUAACAAGUUUGAGUGUAGAAAACUAUAAUAAAAUGGAUGUUAAAAUAUUCCUAAUGUCUUUGCGUGAGGUAUAUAAUAUAAAUCUAAAAUCUUUGAAUUUAUAAAUUCAGUCAGUUUGUAUUGAUGCAAACUUUAAUGGAUUUUAAAAAGCAUCGCAAAAUUACGUCUGCGGCAAAAUAUUUCGUGUGUUCAAGCCCUAUAGUUCAUCUAGCAUAAUUAUUAUAAGCGUCGAUGUAUUUUUCUCUAUUCCCGUAAAAGCGACGCCUCGCGCGCACCGCGUUUUGUGUUGUGUUUCUGAAAAGGAAUCAACGUGGAAAAGAGCCAUUUUGAAAACACACCGACCCGUCCGGAGCAGUAGUGCACUGUGCAUUUAAUGAACUGUCUAUAUGUCUAUUGUUCCACCCGUAGACAACAUAAUAACGAAGCGAUAGAAAUGGCAAGUACUCUUAUAAAAAAUCGAGUCACCGACAAAAUACCUUUGAUACUGUCAGAACGCUGUUAUAUAUACAUAUAAUUUUGUACAACAGCACAAUUCAGAUGUUAAAAAAUAUAAGCCACAAUGUACUUGAAAAUAUCAAUACAAUCGGUUAUACUUUAGUCUUUUUUUAAUUUUAGAGGUGUUAUCUCUGCGGCGACUAUUCUGCGUCGUUUUGACAUUUCUAUUGCUUUGUUAUUUUUAUAUCUAUGGUGUAAUGCUGUGUCGUGUAAAACUAUGGAUUUGUCUAAAAGAUUCUUUCCUAGUAUUCAAUAGGGUGAUGUAGGGUUCGACUUUGUGAUUAUAUUUUUCGACCUGUUGAAGUUUGCGACUCUUUAACUUCUGCGUAUUUUCGACUUGUCUGAAUGUGGAGUUUUAAAACUAAUAUUAAACUCUGUUUUCCCGGUACACUAACGGGAAAAAUGAAA